UUCAAAACCGUUAUCAACGGCUAUUAUUUGUCAAAAUUUUUUUAUAAUUAUUGCAGUUUAUCUACUAUCUAAUUUUGAAUCAAAUCAGAUUUUAUUAAAUUGCAUCCAGUAUCACUUAUACCAAGGUUAAUAGUCUAACUAUUCCCUAUAGAUAUACACUGCAUUUUUUCUAGACAAUUUUUCAAUGGCUACUAAACCAAGAGGGCGAGGAUAUGCUAUGCAAGCUAAUAAAGCUGGUCAACCACUUCGUAGACCUGCAGAAUCUGGUUUAAAGCAACGAUUUGGAGAUAACUUUCAGAUUAAUAAUACAGAGAAAAAAGAAGAUCCAAUAGAUUCACUUUGUAGUAAAAUUGUUAAAAUGGGACUAAGUAACCCUGAGAAAGAACUAGCGGUUAUUGAAAAGGAUGUUCUAUCAUUAUGCGAUUCUCAAGAUGGUUUAAGUUCUUUUGUUGAUAAAAUUGUAACACAUGGAUUAGAAAGUCAAUGGAAUGCUCAUGCUGUAGCUUCAUUCUGUGUAUCUUAUGGAGAUGUUGCUGUGGAAAAUAUUAAGCUUCGCACUAUGCUGCUAAGAAAACUUCAAAAAAUUUAUACUGAAAGAGAGAAUAGCUACUUGACUUUAGACAAAUUUCUCAUGGAUGUGAGGUUUCUGUGCGAAAUAUUCUUUCAUGUUAAAAUUGAUGGCAACUGCAUUCAAGUCUUGAGCCGUCCAGUGCUAGAUGUUCUAGGCAUGUUAGUUGAUGGUGGCUCAGAAAAAGAAAUUGAAGUAGUUUAUGAACAGUUUCCAAAGUGUUUUGCCAGUCUCAAAGCAAAUAAUUCAGAUGGACUCAAUAAUUUUUUAGAUAAAAUACGACAACAACUGCUCAGUGAUGAUAUUCCUAUUAGUGCUAGAACCAUGCUAUUGGAAAUGUUUGAAUUAAUAUUAUGUGAUGGAAAAUUAAUUAGUGAUGUUGAAAAAUUCUAUAAAUCUCAAUCAAUUUCUGUUGUGAGAAUGUGCAAAUGAGUUUUGCAAUAACUUUAACUCUUAAAAUUGUUCUUCAAGUUAUUGAGCUUUUAAUAAAUGUACUUUAUUAUAUA